UUUGUGAUUUAAGACGGAAAUCUAAUUGUGGUAGGUCUCUUAUAAUGACUGUAUGAAAUGCUUGACUUAAUUCUAAAUAAUCACUAGCACCAAGUGGCUACAAAUGAAAAUUUAUUUAUGAACAAUUAGUUAUAAACAAUUAAAAGUUUUUAAUAAUAACCUACUCUAUCACAUAAUUCUGCAAAAGUUGAAUCCAACACUUGACCGCAGGUUCUUUCAAACGUAACAUUACGACCUCUUAUAGAAAUAGUCCGAGAUCUUACAACAUCAUUUUCCUGUGAGCAUAAAUAUUUAAAUACUUUGUCCACAUCACCUGUUGCAUCUUUUCCUUUUCUGUAAUAAUUAAUCUUUUUCAAAAAGAAAUAUCUUACUAUAUGUUUUAUCUGUACAUAAGUGGACAUACAUGAAAUAAAUCUUUUCAUCUGUAAGUCCUGUUUUUAAUCUAUAAUCUAUACCAGAAUCUAGGGAAUUUAUAAUACAAUAAUUUUUUAAAACCUGUAUAAAUGGAAUAAAAUUUCCUCUUUGUAAUCCAUUUUUAUAUAAAUCAUCAGGUGCUCUAUUACUAGUUGCAAUAACUAUUACACCAUUAUUAAAGAGUUCAGUAAAUAAUCGUUUCAGUAUCAUAGCAUCUGCAAUAUCAGUUACCUAUGAUAUAUAAACUUUUAUUAAUAUAUAUAUUAAAUUAAAUCCUAAAUAAUUGGUUGUAUGUUUUAAAAUUAAACCUGAAAUUCAUCAAAACAAAGUAACCACGCUUCUUCAGUAAUACUUUUGGCAACUGGUGGUAUUGGAUCAAAUGGUUGAAGUUUAGUACUACUAACAUCUCUUACAAUAUUUUUCUUCACUUCAUGUACUUUAUUAUGUACAUCCACCAUAAAGGAGUGAAAAUGAACUCUUUUUUUAUUUUCUAUCUAAAAUAAUAUAUUUACAACUGGUUUAAUUAAAGGCAACUACUUUGCAAUGUAUUACAUAUGGAAAACUAUAUAAAAACACUAUAAUUAUAUGAACUAUAAAGUAUAAUACCUGGCAACAUUCAUAGAAAAGAUCCAUUAACAUUGUUUUACCUCCACCAACUGCUCCAUAAAUAUAUAAUCCUUUCGGUGGCUGUUUUCUCUUUCUACCUAGCCAUUUGUCUAAUAAGUUGAAUUCUUCAGGUUUAUAUCCAUUUAUUUCUUCGUAAAUACUUUGUAAUGUUUUAGCAACUUUUAUUUGAUGUUCAUCUUCCAUUAGCUCUCCUUUGGCAAUUUUAUUUUUUAACAAAGCAAUUGGGCCUUUCUCGAUUAAACCAACAUCAUGAGCAUAUCCAUGACUUUGAAUAUGUUGCAUAAAUUUGUUGGACAAAUUUGUAAAAUAGUUUUGAUUGAAAAAUUUUUUUGGUAACAAAUAAGUCAUCAUAGAGAAAGAUGUCCUAAAGAAAAGGUCAUAAUUUAUUACUUAUGUAUAUUACUUGUAAGUAUUAUUAAUAAUUAGAUUAGAAAAAUGUUCACUCUUACGAACAAAUAUUUGAUAAAUAUACAUUUAAUUUAAAAAAUUAGCAAAAUAUAGAAAAAUUGUUUAAUGAGUAUGAUUAAAAAUAUUCACGUAUUUACAGAAUUUUAACUGACAGAUAAUGCAUGAUAACCUUUAUAUUACGUAUAAAAACAUAUCACAUGUAUCUACCUUAAAAUAGAAUACGCACACUAGGAAAUUGAAAAAGGUAGGUGUGAAACAUGAUAUCGAUAAAUUUGAUAAAUUGAAUAACUGGCAAAUGUAUAACUAAAUUAUAUGUACUUACGCUUCUGUUUACUUUCUUUUUUGUUAUUUAUCAAAAUUGAUUCUUUCAUGAUGUUUUAAUAUUAUUAAAAAGAAAUUUCGUCUACAGAGAAAUUCAAUUUCAAAAGUUAUCUAUCGCGCGUUAUGUCAUGACGUAAUUAAAAAACUAAUAUGGAAUCAUCAAACAUGAUUCGUUCAUAAAAGUUCAUACUUGCUUAAAGCUUUGUUCACAAUCUAAAACUAUAUUAUGUAAAAAUAACAAAAUAUUAAAUAUUAUUUAUUUUUUAAUAUUUAAAUAUUUUUUAAUAUUUUAACUAAAUAAAUAUCUUAUAUUUAUAUAUAAUUAUAUAAGAAAUAAAACAUAUUUAAUAUUUUAAUUUAUAAUGUAGAUUUUUAUUAUAUUUUAUACAUAAAUAUUUUAACAAUAAUUUUUAAAUAAUUAUUUGCAAUAUUUUAUUUUAAUAGCUUAGAUAUAUAUUUCAAUAGCAACAAAUAUAUAUCAUACAAAUUAGGAAUGUAGUAUAAGAAAUUUAGGAAUAAAAUUUCUAUUAACGAUAAAAAUGAUACAAUGGAUUUUCUUUGAAUUUCAAUCGUUAUGAUAAAUUUUAGAACUAUAAGGAGCACUACUCGUUGGCAAUCUUCGUUUGUCAGGACUGAUUCCUUCUUUUAAUGAAUAAUAUCGUCUUUCAAUGACUUUAUCAAAAAAUCUACUCAAUUUGACAGAAGAGCUAGAACCAGCAGCUAGUGAUCUCACUUGAUGACAAUCCUAAGAACAACAUUAACUUGAAGUAAAUAAUACCAAUGUGUAAUAAUUUAAAAAAAACAAAUGAUAUACCAAAAAUAUUUCAUCAGCACCACAUUCUUCUGCAAUAGUUGAAGAACGUCUAUGUAUAUUAGAUCUGACUUCAGCAAUUAAAUCUAAUUUAGUACCAAUAACUAAAAUUGGUAUCUGGAAAAAUUAUUUUAUUUAUAUAAAAGAACAUGGUAAAAAAUAAAUGAUUUGUAUUACCUGUGUAGAUCCUACAAAUUUUUCAGGAUCAAAAUCAUCAAAUGGCUUUGAUUUCAUAUAACUAUCUUUGCUUAAAACUUCUUCAAGCCAUUUCUGAAGAUUUUGUUUAAUUCUCAUAUUUUAUUACAUGUAACUAAAAACAAGAUGAGUAAUGAAGAAAGAUUUGUCACAGAAGUUCCCAGUAGUUUAAAGCAAUUAGCACGUUUAGUAGUACGUGGAUUUUAUACAAUAGAAGAUGCAUUAAUUGUUGAUAUGUUGGUUAGAAAUCCAUGUAAGUACAUUCUAUAUAAGUAUAGUAUGAAAGAAGAUGACAUUUGUGAACUUUUAAAGUUUGAACGUAAAAUGUUGAGAGCUAGAAUAUCUACAUUGCGUAAUGAUAAGUUUAUACAAGUUAGAUUAAAAAUGGAAACUGGAUCAGAUGGAAAAGCCCAAAAAGUCAACUAUUAUUUUAUUAAUUAUAAGACUUUUGUAAAUGUGGUUAAAUAUAAAUUAGAUUUAAUGAGAAAAAGAAUGGAAACUGAGGAAAGAGAUGCAACUAGUAGAGCCAGUUUUAAAUGUAUAAAUUGUUUAAAAACUUUUACUGAUCUUGAGGCAGAUCAAUUAUUUGAUAUGACUACUGGUGAAUUUAGAUGUACAUAUUGCCGUGAAGUAGUAGAAGAAGAUCAGUCUGCCCUUCCUAAAAAAGAUUCAAGAUUAUUAUUAGCUAAAUUCAAUGAACAAUUAGAACCUCUUUAUAUUUUAUUAAGGGAAGUUGAAGGUAUCAAAUUAGCUCCUGAAGUAUUAGAACCUGAACCAGUUGAUAUAAAUACCAUUAAAGGUAUCGAUACGAGAAAACCAAGUAGUCUAAGAGCACCUGGUGAACAAUGGUCUGGUGAAGCUACGAGGUCAUCAUCUGGCUUCAUGGUAGAAGAUACAAGAGUAGAUGUUACAAUUGGCGAUGAUUCUAUUGAUGAGAAUGCAGCAAACAGGAGAAAGGAAAGACCGAUUUGGAUGAUGGAAAGUACCAUCAUUAACUCUGAUUCACAGACUGAUGGAGUUAACGCACAAGAAAAUAUUUUGGAUAAAGCUGCAGCUACUGCUACUAAUACAACCACAACCAAUAACAAACAAGGGGAAGAUAUAAUGUCUGUAUUAUUGGCUCAUGAGAAAAAAGGAGGAACAAAUUCAACAGCUGCUAUAAAAUCUGUAUUACCUCAAGAAUCUAGUGAUAGCAGUGACAAUGAAGAAGUUGCAGAAAUGCAAACUAUUGAUACAGGAGAAGUAGAAACAAUGGAUUCUGAAGAUGAAGAUCUUGUACCAACUGUAACUGUUGCAGGAAAAACGGUUGCUAUUGCAGAUGUAAAUGAUGCAUUAAUAGCAGAAAUGACACCAAUUGAAAAAGAAGCAUAUAUUCAAACAUAUCAAGAAUAUUAUUCACAUAUGUAUGAUUAAUCAAAAUGCAGUCAGCAUUGAUAAACAAUGCUUUACAAGACUGAGCGAUUAUUAAAUUCUUGUAAUAUUUUAUAUAGUUAUAAAAUAAAUAAUUUUCUGGGUUUAGUAAAUAUUCAUUUUUCUUAUUUUCAUUCAAAGCAAUCAAUGUUUUUAAUUAAAUAUAAAGUAAACAAACUCAGAAAUUAACAUUUUGAAAUUUUUAUAUUUUCCUUCUAAUAUACAGAUAUAGCUCAACAAUGUCAGUUUGUAGUAAACGAACAUUUUACAGACACGUUAUAAUCACCAUAAAUCAAAGUUAAUAGAAUACAUGUCACUUCUGGUAAGGCGGGAAAAUUUUAAUCUUAGCCAAAUAUAAAUUACUUAUUAAGCUUACUUAAAAUCUUUUUUUUCGUCUUUAUGUGAAUUUCUAACCGACCACCACUACCGGAUAGAAAUUAUAAGACGAUAUACAUUUUUUAUGAUGCUUUUCGCUUUUUUUGUACUUUUUUUUUAUUACAUCUUUCUUCAUAUAUUAAUAUUCAGUUCCAUAUACCAAUAGUCGUAUACGGAUAUUCUAAUUUUUUUACCUUUCGUACUUUUAAUUAUUUUUUCAGUUGUUAAAUAUAACUCACAUCAAAAGAAUCCUAGAAUCGACAAAUUCUAUAUGCAUAUAUUUCUAUUACAUUUUGAUUUAAAAUUACUACAAAGAAUUGUGAAUCUAAGAUUCUUUCAAAAUAAGUAUUUUUCUUUUUCCAAAUGCUUUUUUUUUACUCUGGUUCAUUCAAGCGCAAACGAGCAAAAUCUUCAAACACGAUAUUGUCAUCAUCAUCAUUUGAAUAACAAGAAUUCUCAUAUCGUGCCCUUUCAAUACUCUUAUUUUUCUUCAAAGUAGCUUUUUCUUUUUCUACAGCUCCUAUAAAGAUAAGAAGUCAAUUAAUAAAUAAAAAGAUUAAAUAAAAAAUAGGUUAUUUAAUAUCAUUUUUAUUACUGAAUAUAUUAAAAUAUUAAUUCAUUAAUAAAAUUUAUUUACCAGGAGCAGGAUGCAUUAGUUUAAAUGGAACAUCUGUAACUAAUUCACCUCCCAAUGUUCCACAAUUCAAUUUUACUCGAAUAGAA